AUGGCUCUUCAUACCCAGAUGCGAGUACGGUUGCUAGCAUUGACACUACUAUCAUGGCUCGGUCUGGCCAAAGCUUUCUACUUACCUGGAUACUCUAUCAAAAGCUACCGCAACGACGAGGCUAUCCCGGUAUUCGUAAAUAAGAUCUUUUCAGACAAUACGCAGCUACAGUACGCAUACUUCGAUCUUCCGUUCGUGUGCCCUCCGACUGGAAAGAAACAUGACUCUCCUUUCGCAAGCGGGCACAGUAUAUCACUCAAUCUAGGCGAAGUGCUCCGUGGGGAUAGGAUCAUGACCUCCGACUUCGACGUUGUAAUGGGAAAAGAUGUCGAAUGCCGAUUCCUCUGUAGCCGCCCGAUCGACCGCAAUGAUAUCAAACGGGCCAAGGAAUUGAUCACGGAUGGGUAUGUUGCGGAGUGGAUCAUGGACAACCUUCCGGGUGCUACAAGUUUCGUCACCGUAGACCGGACGCGAAAGUACUAUGCAACGGGGUUUAAGCUGGGAUACCUAGAUGUCUCCCCAGUGGACGGCAAACCCAGACACUACAUACACAACCAUUUUACAUUUGUCAUCCGCUGGCGUGAAGCACCGGGUAAAGCUGGUCGACAGGGCGGGAAAGUGAUUGUGGGCUUUGAGAUCCAUACGAAGAGCAUCGACACGAAUGAUAGGCUUGAAAAUGGCUGUCCUAGAAAGCUCCAGGCUGACCAUGAUGGAUUGGCGUUACAUAUUCCCUCAAAUAACACGAGCCUGGCGCAGCAGUACGCUGACUCGUCCUACAUCCCAGAACACGUCGUGGAUGUAGACGACGGAGCCACCCUUUCAAUCCCGUAUACAUACUCCGUCUACUUCCGGAAAGAAGACAAAGUUGAGUGGUGGAACCGUUGGGAUUUAUACUUCAAUAACCAAAGAGAAGGAACUACAACCCACUGGCUAGCGAUACUGAAUUCUUUGGUGGUAUCAGGCGUGCUGGGUGUCACAGUCUUUGUGAUCUGGGGCAAAACAGCCCAGGGGGAUGUUAAGGGUCGUGGAGAUGGAGCGAUGGAGGAGGGAAAGAUCAGACCACGACCUCGUAAAUCGAAAAGCGGUUCUAGAACACCAAAAUCCGGUGAAAAUAUCUCGAAUGGCCUUUCCGAUAAGGACUUGGAAGCAGAUGAACCAGACACCGACGAUGAGCUCGAGGAGGUCGCGGGAUGGAAACUUCUUCACGGGGCUUCACGGGGAUCUGGCCUCCUUCUCCUGAGCUGCCUUGGAGUUCUUAACCCAAGUUUCCGUGGUGGAUUUCUUUCCGUCGGCAUUGGCCUUUUUGUUUUUGCCGGUGUAUUCUCUGGUUAUUUCUCUGGAAGGCUCUACAGGACUUUUCGCGGCCAAAACUGGCGCAAAAACACGAUGAUCACCGCUCUGCUUUUCCCUGGCCUACUCUUUUGCCUAGUAUUUGUUUUGAACCUCUUUGUCUGGGCUCAGGCGUCUAGCACCGCGCUACCGUUCGGCACACUUGUCGGCUUGCUGGCUCUUUGGCUUCUUAUUCAAGUCCCCCUUGUCUAUCUUGGUAGCUGGUUUGGAUUUAUGUGGGCCAAGCCUUGGGAGCAUCCGACCCGAACGAACGCCAUCGCACGCCAGAUACCACCUCAGUCAUGGUAUCUGAGGACUGUCCACGGAACACUCCUUACCGGACUCGUUCCAUUUACCGUUCUCUUUGUCGAGUUGCUUUUUGUCUUCAAAAACCUGCUGCAGGACAAAAGCGGACACUACUACGUCUUUGGAUAUCUUAGUGUUGUCUGUACGAUCUUAAUCGUUACUGUGGCUCAGGUCACCAUAAUCGCGACAUACUGCCAGUUAAGCAGUGAGAACCACCGCUGGUGGUGGCAAAGCUUCUUCACAGGAGGCAGCGGCGCUUUUUGGAUCUUUAUGUAUUGCAUUUGGUACUACUUCGCCAAACUACACGUGCGCGGCUUUGUUUCGAGCCUAUUAUUCUUCAGCUACAGUUUCCUCGGCUGUGCCGUAUACGGGCUAUUAGCUGGAACUGUUGGAUUCUUGACUGCUUAUGCUUUUGUUCGCCGUAUAUACAGCUCAGUAAAAGUUGACUGA